AUGACCUGCCAAGCACGGAGUUCCUACAUGGACACCGAGGUGCUCUGGGGCCACCGGUUCACGCCAGUGCUCACCUUGGAAAAGGGCUUCUAUGAGGUGGACUACAACACGUUUCACGACACCUACGAGACCAACACACCCAGCUGCUGUGCCAAGGAGCUGGCGGAGAUGAAGCGGGAAGGCCGGCUCCUGCAGUACCCCCCCAGCUCCCCCCUGCUGGGGGGCUAUGCCAAGGUGGGGCAGGACACUGAGGCGGAACAGGAAGAGGAGGGCGAGGACAAGGAGCUGAGUGGGUCCCGGGAGACCAGGGGCUCCAUGUGAGGCCGUGGUCUCCCGGUGACCGCCACUUACUGGGUCUAUGAGCAUGGAUGCUACAGAGCCUGGGGGAGGGGAGGAAAGGGGAACUAGCCCAGAGGGCUGUUUGUGGGCCCUGGAGGCUCCUGAGGGUCCGCAUACCCAGCCCUCAUUCCUCCCAGCUCAGGGCCUCUGGAGCAGGACCCCCCAGGGCAGCGCUGCCUCUUCUCCGGAAGCCUCAGUCAGGGCUGGCUAAGGGCCGGGCCAGGAUAGGUUUCCGCUUAAAAGUGACAGGGUGGCACCCACCCUCUCUGAGGACUGCCCAGGUUCACUUUCCUCCUUGGCUCUUGCAGACCCAAGAGGUUGCCACCCAGAGAGGGCUGCCACCCCCACCCCCAUCCCUAACCCAAGCCUCGUCUUGGAAUCCAAUCCCGGAGGAGCAAUUCUGCCUGGUGGAGGUGGGAGCUCCGGUGGGGCUGAGCUCCCGAGCCUCGCAGUUAAGGUCUAAAGAAGCGCCUUCGAGGUCUAGGCCAGCGACACUUACGGACGCCUUGGAGGACUUGGUCUUUCCAGAGCCGCUGGGAUCUGCUUAAGGAGGGCAUCGUUCCUCUGCUGGCUUGAGUGCCCAGUCUGAAAGGUCACCCCCCACUGGGGUGACUCCUACAGGGUGGCCAGAGCCACAGAGCACCUCCGAGCACCGCAGUCGGCAUCAGCAUGGCCCGGUUGCUCCCAGGCACUCGGCACCCUGCAUCUCCCGCCAGAGGGAGGACCCAGCGGCCGGUUCUUCCUGGUGCUUUCUGGCCCAAGAACCUUGGGCCAGUUUCCUUCACGGCCUCGGACCUGCUACGGCAUCUGAGGAGCAAGAGCAGUUUCGGGGCGUCUGGAGAUAAGCCGGGUCUGAGAGGACAGGAUGCCAGGGACAGGGGUGCGGACUGUGACACACAUGCUAGCCUGGCUGCUGCGGGGACACCGGCCUCAGGGCUGGCCACACCUUGCUCGCGGGCAGUGACAGGAGACGGUGGCCAAGGCUGGACCAGACUCAGGCCUCCCCACAGGGUGACAGGCAGGGUUCCCAGAGGUGGGCUAUUGCGGGGUGCCCAGAAGAGGGCCACCUCCUCCCAGCCUGGGAACAGGAGGCCGAGAGGAGUUGGUGGGAGAACUGGGAGGGGCUGUUCAGAGAGAGGGCAGAGCAAUGCCCUAAAGCGAGCAGCUUUGGAGGCCCCUGGGCGAGGGGCCACGUGGCAGGUGCUGAGCUGCACUUCUGGGCCUCUGCGAGCUGGCCGGGACUUGGGGAGAGCUCUGUGCUCCCAGGUACAGGCCACGUCAGUGUCACCACUCACGCCUGCAACUCCUUUCGCCCACCCCUAUCGCCUUUGCAAAUAGAGGCCUUCCGCCCCGAUGUGGAGCACUCCCAGAAGGAGGGGCAGAGUGCUGCGAGGAGGAGGAGCAGAGGAGGAAGGCGGCUCUGGCUGACAGGCCCAGUCCCCCAGGCUGGCUCGCUAGGACCUGGACCCAGGGAGAAGAGGAGAGGUGGCCUGGUGGGAAGCCCAAGGUGAGGCAGCUGAGCAAGGAUGGGAAGCCAUGGGUGUGGUCAGCCUUGUGGCCAGACAGUGACUUGGGUCUGGUCCUCCAUUUGACACUCUAAGACAGCACAGGAAGACAGACAGCCUCCUCCAGGUCCCUUGCUUUGCCCAUGGCCUCCAUGAGCCAGGAUGAAGGCUCACUCUCAGCAUCUUGCAGAAACCAGGAGGAUGCAGGGCAGGAAGGGAGCAAUGUGGUCCCACCCUGCAGCUCGCUGAGGGGCCAGGGCCAGCACACACCCUGGUAGGGAGGCACGACUUCCAUGGGGAUGGUGCUGCUGUCGCGGAACCUCAGUGCAACAAGAUCACCCUUCGUAUCCCAAAGAAAUCCCUUCUUGGUGACCCAUGGACCCGAAUAAAGUUGAGAAAGUUCUUCCAAUCGUCCUCUAGAAUAACCAUGGACUUACCAUGGGCCAGGUCCGACAGCGGCCGGAGGUUCGGUGGGUGCACUUCUCUGGACACGUCCCCUGGGAGGGAGACACACGGAGCGUGGAAGCUAAGUUCCCACUAGCUCUCUCCCCACCCAUCUGGUGGCUGGGAGGCACUGCCACCAUUGCCCAGAAGACCCGGUCCCUGGGCCGGGAUGUACUGACAUUGUCUGGGACCCUCCCCUUCAGACGGUGCGUUCUGGCUCCCUGUGCUGUCUCAGAGCCCACAUCUCAUCAUUUCCUUCUGUGCUUGGAGAUCCUCGGGAAGCUUAAGAAGCUGGCCUGGAAGGGGAGGGCCUGUCUGCAGGGGACCCUGCACUCCUGGUCUCAGCGCCUUCUUCUAAACCCCUUACCCUGUGGCCCGCCUUCCAGCGUGCCUCAUCCAUGCGGCUCAUGGGAGGGGAGAGCCAGAGACUGAAAUUCCUUAGACUGAAGCUGCCGAAACACAGGAGCUGACCACGGUCUCCUGAAACCACACCCUGAGGACGCCCCUGCACCUACACCAGAUAGGUGUGGGCCUGGUCCCACUGCAGAGGAGUUCCCGGGAACCCUUCUCACCCACCGACAGCUGAGGCUCUGACAGGACCACCCGGCUCAAGGCCACAGACGGUGAUAGCCGAGGCCACUCUGUAGACCCUCAGGCCCGUGGCAGCCGGGAGGAGAGCCUGCUCUUCCGCGAUGUGAACGGGUCUGUGAACUGUGCUUAGGGCUCCGACUCUCUGCUCGCAGCGUCCUCCAGGGCAGGCCAGCUGAAGAACACCUUCCUCCUGCGUUCCAGAGAACCACUGAGCUGUGAGAACUGGGGGAAGGACUGCUUUCGAGGAGAGGCCACGCACUCUGCUCAGCUGGGAGUUUGCCAAGAACGCUUCCCAGCACACUGCCAUGUCAGACCCCUUCUCUGUGCAGGCUUUGCCAAAAACCCAUCCGUCACUGGAGUUUGCCACUGCACUGCCAAAACCUCCCCCAGUAAAGUGGAUUAGCCCCUACGGGAUGGGAGUCGCUCUCCAUGCUCAGCAGAGGGCCCGGGCCUCCAUUCAAAUUCACAUCGGAUUGCACACCUGCCUCCGCUUCCGGUGGCCUCGCAAUGCCAGCCUGCAGCGGAAAGGAGGGAGAGGGUGGGCGAGAGGGGGACGUGGAGAGAGCGGCUGCGUGGGGGUGGGGGUGGCCUUGGGGAGGCCUAGGGGAGACGCAGGGGGCCGUACGGACACUCAUGCUUGGCCAUUCACUCUGCCUCUGAGAAACUUCCAAGGGUCUGGAAGGUUAGGUAUUCCAAACUCACGUUACAUAAGUAAUGCGUAACUGUAAAAAUAUUCAGUCCUUGCAAAUCGCUGAAAGUAUCUACUUUAGGGAGCCCAGGCCUGGCCAUCCAGGCUCUCUCACAAACUCACCAAAUAAUAGACACUAUCAACAGACGAGGUGGGGGCAGAGGAAGUCGUGAUGGUUAAUGUUGGCAGCGAGUCGGGACUCUUCACAGGAAGCCCGGAGAUUCACCUGCCAUCUGCUGCCCUCGGAGAGGAGCCCGCUGGCUCUGCCCCGUGGAGACAGCUGGGAAGAGGGACACGCGUUCACCGAAUGCCGGCGGCCCUGAGGGCUGGCCAGGGCAGACUUUCCGCCAUGCGCUUCUGUUCAGCUGCACACUGGGAGCGCCUUCGCCCCCUCCCUUGGCAGGCAAAGCACCAGACAGGAAUUCUGCCCUUCGUGUGGCCACGCCUGGGUCUGCUCACUGCUCCCUAGGCCGUGAGGGUCAGUGCUGCUGAGCCCGCCUGUGCACACAUCUGCAGGGGCCAGGAGGGCAGGAGCCUGGGCGUCAGACAGGGCGCCCUCCGCACCGACCACCUUGGGCACAGGGUGCCGAGCGGGCACAGCUGUAAUGUGGUGCUCCCGCAGCUGACCACAUGGGAGGGGGCUCGGCGGAGCCCACAGCCCUCCCUGCGUGUACCAGCACAUGCGUGCCCGGCUCCGGACAGGCUGUGGGGCCAAGACCCUGCCUCUCCCCCUCUGCCUCUCUCACUCAUGAAGGAAUAAAGAAAUCAACUUAAGUAACAAGUGAACGAUGCCACGCAGACCCCACGUGCUGCCCAGGGGGCCUCUGGGUUGUCGUGUUUCGGUCCCUUCACCUCCUGUCGUCUGCCGCGGAGUCCUGACAGCACAUGUGCUGGGCGCACCAGCUCACGGCUGUCCAGACGCCCCGAGGCCCGCAGCACCACGGUCUGCACGACUCCCAGGCAGCACUCGUCGACCUCCAGCCUGGGGCUGGGAGUCCAAGAUCCACGUCAAGAGGUUCCAUGGGGGCCGGCGGGUGGGUAGCUGGCUAAGGCACUGGACUCCCACGUGGCCAACCAGGGUUCAAG